AUGGAAGGUCUAAUUCCAAUGGCUUACAAAUCCCUCAAGAAGAACCAAGAACGGCGAAGCUACGAAUGCAUCUCAUCCGAACCGGCACAAACCUACAAAACUGAAGAUUUCUACACGAAAGAUGUCGAUGAAGAAUAUGAUCAUCACUUGAAGCCGAAGACCGAUAGCACAACGGGCUCACACAGGUCGUCUCGGAAGUUUGUGGGUCGUCUCGGGAGUUUCUCCGAGGAGGACGAAGUCUUUAAGCCUAAGCAGCUUGUGAGGUUUAAGAGCCACAAAAUGUUCUCAUGUUUAAAUGGUGCAUGA